UGUAGGCUCACAACCGCAGUGGCCGCUUGCGGUGUCUGAUGCACCGACGUGCGAUCGAGUGGAUGAUCUUCCGCACCGUGGCCCACACGCACGAUGUUUCGUGUCCCGCCGUAAGUGCCUGCUGUCCGUUUGUCUCUCGAACUUGAUUUUGGAGGGCGGGGAAGAAGGAAGCUGGAGCUCUGGGCUCAUGGUAUUCUGGGCCGUUGGGACGGGGGCCGGCUUGUAUAAAGACCGAUGGAGCUUCCAUCCAUCAUAUGGCUUUCCCCUGCACCCCAACCCAAGCCAUUGUCAAGCCAUUAUAGCCUGAGCUUGCCACCAUUCCUCUCUCUUUUGCUGUUCUGGACUUGUCACUACCACCGCCCUUUCCGAUCACAUUGACAACGGCGACCGUCAGGCUACGUGUCCUUCGGGAUGGGCUCGAUAACUCUCAACAACCCCAGCAGGGCCUGGUGGAAAGACGGUGUCAUCUACCAGAUCUACCCCGCCAGCUUCAAGGAUGCCAAUGGCGACGGCCUGGGCGAUGUCCCGGGAAUCAUCAGCAAAGUCGACUACCUCAAAGACUUGGGCGUGGAUAUCGUGUGGGUGUCGCCCAUGUACGCCAGUCCGCAAAUCGAUAUGGGAUACGACAUUUCAGACUACCAGGAUGUCCACCGCCCGUAUGGCACCGUUCGUGAUAUGGAAGUCCUCAUUGAGGAGUGCCACAAACGCGGGAUGAAGCUCAUCUUAGACCUGGUGGUCAACCACACGUCAGACCAGCACAAGUGGUUCCAGGAGUCGAGAUCCUCUAAAGAGAACCCCAAGCGGAACUGGUACAUAUGGAAGCCUCCUCGUUACGCCGAGGAUGGCACCCGUCUGCCUCCCACGAACUGGAGGAGCCACUUCAGCGGUAGCACCUGGGAGUGGGACGAGACCACCGGCGAGUACUACCUCCACCUGUUCGCCAAGGAGCAGCCCGACCUCAACUGGGAGAACGAGGAGACACGUGAGGCCAUCUAUGAUAACGCUAUGCGCUUCUGGCUCGACAAGGGCGUUGACGGUUUCCGCAUCGACACGGUUAACAUGUACAGCAAGGGCGUCGAGUUCAAGGACGCCCCUGUCAUGAACAAGAACGCGUACGAGCAGCCCGCCUACAUGAUCUACUGCAACGGUCCGAGGAUACACGAGUUCCUUCGCGAGAUGAACGCAAAGGUCCUCAACCACUACGACACCGUCACCGUCGGCGAGCUGCCCCACACCCCGGACCCGCAGCACGUCCUCAAGUACAUCAGCGCUGCCGACCGCCAGCUCGACAUGGUCUUCCAGUUCGACAUUGUCGACCUUGGCCAGGGCAUCGGCUACAAGUACCAGACCCGUGAGUGGAAGCUCCCCGAACUAAAGCGCAUCGUCGCCAAGUGGCAGCAGUUCAUCGAGGGCACCGACGGCUGGACGACAGCCUUUUGCGAGAACCACGAUCAGGGCCGCUCCGUGUCACGGUACGGCAACGACAGCCCCCAGUGGCGCGAGACGUCGGCCAAGAUGCUCGCCCUGAUGAUGUGUUCGCAGACGGGCACACUCUUCGUCUACCAGGGCCAGGAGAUCGGCAUGACAAACGUGUCGCGGAGCUGGGGCAUCGAGGACUACAAGGACAUUGAGGCGCUCAACUACUACGACGACAUCAAGAGGGAACACGGCGAGGGCGAGGUGCUCAGCCGCGUCAUGGACAGCAUCAACCUGGUCGGCCGCGACAACGCGCGCAUCCCCAUGCAGUGGGACGCCUCGCCGUUCGCCGGCUUCACCGACAACAAGGACGGCGCAUGGAUGCGCAUCCACGACGAGUACGCCGACAUCAACGUUGCCAAGCAGGAGGCGGAGCCCGGCUCCGUGCUAAACUUCUGGCGCGAGAUGCUGCGCCUGCGCAAGGAGGAGGGCGAGUUGCUGACGCACGGCGCCUUUGAGCUAUUUGACGAAGAGAACGAGCAGACGUUUGUCUACAAGAAGACGCGCGGCGGAAAGAGUGCCGUCGUGGCGCUCAACUUUACAAGCGAGGAGCAGGAGGUCCGGAUCCCGGGCGAGGGUUUGAAGAUCCGCGUUGGCAACUACGGUGAUGUCAAGGAGAGGGUUGCGGCAGAGGGGCAAAAGAGUGUGCUGAGGCCGUGGGAGGGUCGGUUGUAUCUGCAGGGUUGAAGGUAUUUGGAUAUACCUGGAGACGGUUGAGUGCUACUCCGGGGGGGGGGUUCGGUUUUGCCGACAAGACUUUAUUUGAUACAAGAAUGUCUAUGCUGAUGCCACACCAAUAGAUGAGACGGCCAGCUAAUGCUGUUAUAGUGAACAUAUUGCCCUUUCCAGAACCCCAU